AUGUCAGGCGAUGUAGCACCUGCGGUUCCCCUGGUGUCGUCGAGCAGUCUACCAGCACUCGACUUGUGUCGCCUCGCCGACCUCGACGAUGCUCCUACCGAAGCUGAGUGGCUCAACCACCUUCUCAAGGCAACAAUGAGUCAUGACAGGGCAUCUCAAAGCUCGUCACAAGCCAACCUGGGCUCCCUGGAGGCGUCGCUGGGCAAGGCACUAGCCGCACUCGAGGUCGCGACGCACGACACGUCCGCGCUCGUGGACCGCACCAUCGACGACAUCUCUCGCUCGGUACCUCGACUUGCGUUCGAUCUACAGCUCAUGCGCGAGAACGCACUACUCCUACGCUUUACGCUCAAUGGGAUCCGGAAACGCGCCGGGACGGGCUCAGGCUUUGGCGAGAACCCCGAGGUCUCAUGUGUGAUGGAGAAGCUUCGGGUCUUGGAUCUGGCCAAAGCUCGUAUGGAGGCUGCCCGGGAUGUCUUGCGAGAAGCCGAGAGCUGGAGUACGCUCGAAAGCGAAGUUGCAGGGCUGCUCGGUGAGCAAGCCUUCGCUAAGGCGGCGGAACGACUCGAAGAGGCCGCGAGGAGCAUGGUCGUCUUCCAGAACACGAUCGAGUACGAGGCCCGACGCACUCUGAUGGUCUCGCUACAGAACCAACUCGAAGCCUCGCUGUCUAGCUCGCUGGUCAGUGCUAUCAAUACUCGAGACGUCAAGACGUGCAAGUCGUACUAUGCAAUCUUUGGUCAGAUCCAGCGCGAAGCCGAGUUCACGGCAUACUACUUUGGAUCGCGGCGCAGCGCGCUCGUCGAUGCAUGGGUCAAUGCCAACCUCAUCGAUAUACCUAAUGUGAUGAUUGAACUUGAUGCUGCGAGUACUGCGACAUCAACUGCCUCGGCCUCGAUCAUGUCCGCUUCGACCCCUAUCAAGCUCACCUCGUUCCUCAUCAAGUUCUAUGGUGACUUGCAUGCCCUACUCGCCGAGGAACGCACAUACGUGCCUGCGAUCUUUCCUGAUCCUGCACCGACCAUCUCCUCCUUCGUCUCGACAACUCUUGAAGGCCUCUCGCCCUCCUUGCCUCAGCGCCUCAGUGCCAUCGCCGACACGUAUGGACCGCUCAUCUUGCCCGAGCUCAUCCAAGCUUAUCGCGCGACCGAAGACUUUGCUCUCAGCGUCGAUCAAAUCAUCUCCAAGCUCGAUCCGUCUUCUGCGACCCCUUUGGCUACCCACGGCAGCUCGGGAAGUGUCUCAGGAGCUCCGUUCGUAUCCUCGCCCGGGCUCGAAGGCAGCGCGCCGGCGACCCCCUCGAAGCGCGACCGAAGACUGUCGAAACGCAUGUCGACGUCCCGGAGAAUGGGCUCCCGUUCACUGUCCUUCGGCGGUUCGGCUGUUUCCAAUACCGAUGGCGCAGGUGUGCCCACAACGGCCAAUCACGCGGCUGUGCGAGCAUGGGAGACGGCGAUGUUCGAGCCCUUCUUAGAUUGGCAGGUCGAGUAUCCCGAGCUCGAACGGCAGUACCUCGCAUAUGAAGUCGCACGUGUCACGGGACCACCAGGAACGGAUGUGAUGGGCUAUCUCGUCGAGGAAGGUGCGGGCGCGUCCUCGGGUUCGAGAGAUCAGAAGGGUGGAGAGAAGGGGGCGCGAGCUCUGUGGGAUCUGACAUCCAGUGUCUUUUCUCUGAUGGAGGACGCGAUGAGUCGAUCUUCGGCGAUGACCCACGGCUAUUCUGCAGCGGGUAUCGUCGAAGUCAUUGACGGUCAGCUGGUCGAUUUCCUCGACCGGAGAAAGAAUGAGCUCAACCGCGCCAAAUCCAUGGCAGGGCAUGCGCGUCGAAGACAGGGGCUUAGGAGCGAGAAUGAGGACGAAGCUGCGUUUGAAGGACUCGAGUACUCGACCGAGGACUGGGGCACGUUCCAGCUUGGUCUCAGAUUGCUCGAUACGUGUCGUUCGAUCACCGACCGGCUGACUUCGUUCGAAAACAAGCUGCAGACUCGGCUGAUGAUUCUGGCGCAGACGAUCCGGGAAGCGAGGGAGAAUCCAUUGCAUUAUACCAUUCCCGGGACAACUCGCGGUGCCAUCACAUUACUGCGACAGUCAGCUCUGAACUCUGUCGAGCUGGCUCAACUGCUCGAACCGCUCGAACGACUUCAGGUCGCAUCGACAGGUCCGCCGGCUCCACCCCUCUCGCUCGCGCUCAUACCCAAGGCUCGAUUCGCGACCGUCGAGUUCACGCGUGCGACGCAACUAUUCCUACAUGAGACCAUCUUGGCCCCUCUCCUCGCUCACCUCAACGACUACGCCGUUCUUCCAACCUGGACCACAUCGCAGGAUCAGCGACCCGGAGCCAAAGGCGCGUUCGACUUGGCGAUCCCCACCUUCUCGCUCUCCCCCACGGAGACGAUCUCGCGGGUCGGCGAAGGACUUUUCAACCUGCCCCGGCUCUUCGAAGUCUACGCUGGCGAUGAUGCCCUCGCCUUUUCGAUCGAGACGUUGCCGCACGUCGACGCUGAGGUUCUGCGCGCUCUGCAGCCGCCCUCGCUCGCUUCGCCCAUCAGCCCUGCGCAUCGUCCGUCGCUGAGCCAUUCACGAAUGAGUGAAUCCGUGUCGUUUUCUCCCCCUGCGACGUCGGCCUUCUCCCGUCGAGUCGCGAGCGUCUCCUUGGUCUCGAUACCGAGCUCUCACUCCCAUUUGAGCGCCGAGACGGUCAUCUCAACGUGGUUGUCGUCCUUGACGCUAUCGAUCCUGCACCACCUCACGUCCGUCGUGUUACCGACGAUGCAUCGUCUGUCCAAACAUGGGGCCCGGCAACUCGUCAGUGAUUUGGACUAUAUCGUCAAUGUUGCAAGAGCGUUGGAUGUUGAAGCAAGUGAUGAGCUCGAGGCGUGGAGGGAUGCUGCGGCUUUGGAGGAGAAGCCGGGGAAUGAGGAGGAGUUGGGGAUGGACAAGCGCGUGUAUGAGAGAGUGGCCAAGAUGCGAGGAUGGAGAAAGACGGGGGCUUGA